ACCAAGGUUGGGUGACCCCUGGGAGAGGGGGGCUACACAACCCAGUUACAAUCCCUUCUACCUGCCUGCCCCAGAUGGUGCAGAGCCCAGGCAAGCCCUGAGAUAUUUGAGGGGAGAUGGCUGAGUAUACUUUGACUCGGGAUUUUUGUUUUGUUGCAAUCAUGUUGUUUUUCUGCCUUUGGGAGAAGCUGGGUGGAGGUGAAAAGGGAACAUCCCACCAGCCUGUUCCCCCGCUGCCCUCAGGGACGCAGUUAGUGCUAGUGAUUGAAUUUCCAGUCACCUCUGUCUCUGCGUGUGUGUGUGUGCAUUUUUCUUUGGGUGGUGGUUUCCCCUUUGCUUUGCCUCUCGCUUGCAGCCAGAGCCGAACAAGAAGGCGGUGUGAUUGGCUGCUGAUUACACAGAUCAGCCCCGAGAGCCGGGGCUCAUGCUCGCACACACUCACUCACACACACAUACGCACACAACAAACACCCCACAAAAACUCACCCGGGCUGCGCCCGCACCAGUCGAAGUGGGGAAGGAGCAUCCGGCCGCACGGAGAGCAACACCUCCACCUCUCGCCAAAAAACAACCUGCACAGCGAGGGGAAAUAAACACCUUCACUGCCAGCACUGGGAAGGACGGGCAGUUUAUACGGCAGCGCUUUCCUCCACCCCACUUCUUUUUUUUUUUUCCUUUUUUUUUUUUUCUUUUCUUUUUACCGACAAGAGGAAACCCCGUCUCCGGUUUUGAGCACAGCCCCGUUUCUCUCCCGCUGUCGGGGGCUGCAUCUGUCUGAAGCCAACUUCAUCGGGGGUGCCGGUGUCGUGUCGCCAGGUGCCGGACAGAGGGGCGACUCGGCAGCAGGAUGGCGGUAUCGGCCCGCUGGGUGCUGUGCCUGUGCCUGGGCUGGGGCUGCCUGUGCCUGGCGCUGGGGGACGUGCCGAAGGCUCGCCGGGUUGGGCUGCGGCGACGAGCUGCCCUGGCAGGAGCUCCGGGCGGCCGAGCCAGAGCCGUGGCAGGUGACUACAGCCUGGGGCAGCGGCGGCCAGAGCGGCUGCAGCCAGGGGACAAGGUCUCGGAGCACAUGCUGCGGCUCUACGACCAGUACAGCGGUGGGCAGGCGGCAGCAGCACGGCCCCAGGACCCGCCGGGGCUGCCCGCUCCGUACCUCCGCCGGGGCAACACGGUGCGCGGCUUUCGCCCGCUGGCUGCAGGGAGCCCUGGAAGCCAGGAGCUGUAUGUUUUUAACUUGACUUCACUCACCAAGUCUGAAAAUAUCUUGUCAGCUUCGGUAUAUUACUAUAUCGGUGAUCUGCUGAAUGCUAAGUGGAACUGUUCACAAUCCAGAGGCUGUUCUCAUGGGCACAGAAAACCUGAAAUUCAAGUACAUCUUUCAGUUUGGACCUUUCCUUCUGUUGGGAACCAGACCCGGAGUCUGGGACGUUUCCUAAUAAAUGUCUCCACUGCUUACGGGGAUGUCCUUUCCUGGCAGUGGAAGGAUAUCACUCAGGUCCUGCAUGAAGCAAAACAAAACAAUGAACUUCUGAUCAGUGUCAAAAUGGGUUUGACAAGCCAUCACCCAUGGAAAAGGGCACCUUCUUACUACGAACCUUACAUUCUGAUAUAUGCCAAUGACUCUGCUAUUUCAGAGCCAGAGAGCGUUGUCUCUAGUUUGCAAGGGCACCGUAAUCCUCUGACAAGGGUCUUUCCUAGGCCAGAAAACCAUGUAAGGAGCAGCAGUGGGAAGCGGCGGCGGAAACGCUCUACAAGUGUCCUGUUGCCAUUGCAGAACAAUGAGCUUCCAGGAGCUGAGUACCAGUACAAUGAGGAUGAGAGAUGGGAAGACAGAAAAUCAUACAAAACAUUCCAGCCACGUUUGGCAGAGAGGGCAAAGAGUAAGAAAAAGCAGAGGAAGAAUCAUCACCAGAAGAGCCAGACUCUGCAGUUCGAUGAGCAAACCUUGAAGAAGGCGAGGAGGAAGCAGUGGAAUGAGCCAAGGUAUUGCGCCCGGCGCUAUCUCAAGGUGGAUUUUGCAGACAUUGGCUGGAGCGAGUGGAUUAUUUCCCCUAAAUCCUUUGAUGCCUAUUACUGCUCAGGGGAAUGUCAGUUCCCAAUUCCUAAGGCCUUGAAGCCAUCCAACCAUGCCACCAUCCAGAGUAUAGUGAGAGCAGUCGGAGUAGUCCCAGGCAUUCCUGAGCCUUGCUGUGUUCCGGACAAAAUGUCUUCUCUCAGUAUCUUGUUCUUUGAUGAAAAUAAGAAUGUGGUUCUUAAGGUGUACCCCAACAUGACAGUGGAAUCCUGUGCAUGCCGAUAACAUCUCAGAAGACCCUUUUGAAAUGCUAAGGUGAUCACUUGCUAUUCUGUGAGGUUCUUUUUAUGAUUUCUACUUUUUGUUUGCACUGUCAAUGCAUUUCCUUUGGGGG